AGCCCGCUUUAUUCAAUUGUGACGUCGGCACGUUUAAAUCAUACUGUGAAAGGAAACACCUGCCUCCAGGUGAUGUUUGGCGGUAUACUCACUGAGGACCAGACGAGAAGACGUCAGCAUGACCUCACCCAUUUUCUCGGACAUCUUUCAAUGUGAUGACACGGGGCCUCAGAUCCUAUCAAAGGGAACGUUUUCAUACACUGAUGAUGGGCUAAAUGAUAGUUUGGACGGGAGUUCAACUGAAUUGGCAGAUGUCUUUGAGGAGGAAUUUUGUGAGGAUGAACUUUGGACUCCACCAAAUGAUGAUCUGAGCGAAAAAAUAGCUGCCCAACUUGAGAGCUACCUGUCUGAUGAGAAUCUGUCCGAGGAUGCUUUUUUGUUAAAACAUGUUCAAAGAAACAAAAUGGGUUUCGUCAGUUUGAAGCUAUUGACGUCUUUUAAGAAGAUUAAAGAUCUCACUCGCGACUGGCGGACGACGCUGGCGGCCGCACGGACCUCCAACCAGCUGGAAGUGAACGAGACCGGAACCAAGGUGCGGAGAAGGACCCCAGUACCUGAUUGGCUGCUGUGCAUUCCCACAAGCAAGCUGCUGCUGGCCUGGAACUUCCUGGAUGGUGCUGCCCAAGCCAAAGAUGGGGUGAGUGGAUCGCCCUGUUUGGAGCAGUUAGGUGUGAUGGAAGCUGCCAUGCGGGUGUUUGCACCAUUCGGGACCAUUUCCUCUCUCCGCAUACUACGCCCCGGUAAAGAGAUCCCUGCCGAGCUGAAACGCUAUAACAAACAACACCUGGAACUGGGGAGUAAAGUGUGCGCUGUAGUCGAGUACGAGUAUCUAGAGGGCGCACGCAAGGCCUAUGAAGCCCUGAAAACAGAAGAACAAAUGGAGGGAGGCAGAGGCAUUUGUGUGGCCCUGCUGGGUAGCCGUGGAACUCGUAAGCCGGGGUGGAGCCAAGGUAUGGUGGAGGAAGAAGAGGAGGAAGAGCAUAUUGACAGUGACAGUUUAAACAAGCCCAACAGAAAAGCUAAGAGGUUGCUUUACUCCAUGGAGGAUUCUGCACUUUACAGCUCUUCGGAGUCUGAUUUUGCCCCUGCAUCGCCCCGACCCAACCGUAGGGUUUCCCGGCCGCAGGCCCUGUACGGAAGCCCCCUUGCUAUCCCGCGGGUGUCUACUUUCCGCUCCGAUCCUUACAGGAAUCCCCUUGGCAGUCCUGUAGGAAGCCCCCUCCUGCCUCGCAAGCUUUUUACUUGCAGUCAUGUGACAUCCCCUUUGGCCACUCAUCCUUUUAGCAGCACACCCACUGCACCUGUUUGCUCCUCAUUUAGCAGAUGCAGAAGCUCGGGUGAUUUCUCGCCAGAUGACACGGGGUUCACAGGCAGCCCGUGGGUCCAAAGACGCAAACAUGCUGCGUCUCAGGUAAUUCAGCCUGAGAUGGCCAAAACUGUCUCGCCCAGCCAGAUAAUGCGAUCUUUGGGUGCCCUGGUCCUGCGCCAGCCCGUCGGACCGGAUGGCACCAAAGGAUUUCACAACUCUAUUGGAAGAGGGAAGGUGCUGCUACCCCAGUAAACCACUUACUACCAUCACAGCUGCUUUAUAAAGUCGGUGAUCCUCUGCAGAGUCAUCGCAAAUGUAUUGUGCAGUGCAACUCCAAAGCACUUUUAAUGCAACAUAUAAUUAAUUAUGUCUCACAUUCCCUAUCAAUAUAAACAAGUUAUUGUAAAAAUGUCUGAAUAAAUAAUUGAA